GCACCCAGCCAUGAAGCUCCUUUUUCCUAUCUUUGCCAGCCUCAUGCUACAGUACCAGGUGAACACAGAGUACUUUGGCUUGAGAAGAUGUCUAAUGGGUUUUGGGAGAUGCAAAGACUACUGUGCCAUGGGUGAAACGGAGAUACAGAAAUGCAAGAAGAGAAAAUGUUGCAUUGGACAGAAAGUGGUUCAAAUGAUAAAAAACUACAUGCAAAAUGCAAUGUCCCACACACUUGAAGGGAACUCCCAAGAACACCUACAAGUUACCAAGAAUUCUGAUGCUUCAAUACAAACAAAAUACCAAAUUUUAUCUCUUCUCCCCAGAACCAAAAGCAUCAACCCUUUUGCCAACGUCCACCCCCUCCUCAUCCCAAAUGCCACCACUGUAAACUCAGCCAUCACCAACCCUACGACCUCAUGCAAGAUCACAUACACUGCAAUUUCUGCCAAGAACAACACCACAGAAAGCAGAGAUUCGGCCAGUGACUCCUCACCACCAGCACCACCGCCAUAG